AGGGUGACAAUAACUGUUAAUGAUGUCUGAUGACAACCAGAUAGAUUCAGAGGAAGAGAGCGAGGAAGAGAUCAGCGAGAGAGGACGGAAUGGUUCUUUUUUCAGCACUUUGGUUUCAGGUUUCACAGGUUUUCUCAGAAACUGCCUCCGAAGCGCCCCCAACAUGUUGAACAUACCGACCCAGGCGUUCCCUGCUCCGGGCUCCCAGCAGCGGGUCGCUCCGUCCGGACAGUCCGGGAGAAACAAGGUGGCGCUGAAGCCUGGCCACAGUCUGAUGGACUGGAUCCGCUUCGCCAAGAGUGGAAAAGAUCUGACGGGGCUCCGAGGACGUUUGAUCGAAGUGACUCAGGACGAGCUGCAGAAACACAACACAAGAGACGACUGCUGGACGUGCAUACGAGGGAUGGUCUACAAUGUGACGCCUUACAUGGAUUACCACCCCGGAGGAGAGGACGAGCUGAUGAAGGCUGCAGGGAUAGACGGCACUGAACUGUUCGACCAGGUCCAUCGCUGGGUGAACUAUGAGUCCAUGCUAAAAGAGUGCCUGGUGGGCAGGAUGGCGACCAAAGCCCCCGCAGUUAUUAAAGCCAUCAUCCCUCCUCCGCCGCCGACCGGCCUCGCCCUCGCCCCGCCCAUGUCUGUGGCUCCUCCGCCUGACAAAGAUUCUCGGCCUCGGUACGACUGGUUCCAAACCGACGUCACUGUUCAUCUGGUGGUUUAUGCCAAGAGGAGGAUCCCAAGCUCAGGCUGCACCAACAUCGACCUGGAGGCAGGCGUUCUACGAGUACAAGUGCUGCUGGGAAAAAUGUCCUACAUGAUUCAUUUACGUCUGUCUGAUGAAGUGGAGGGAAAUGUUUCUGUCCACACUUCAUUCUCUGUGGGGAAAAUCCAGGUCACCAUCCGCAAACAGACCAAAGGAAAGUGGACGAGUCUGGGGCAACCGCUCGAAUUUCACAACACAUUUCUACGCAGAAAAGACAGAGCUCCGUAUUACCGGGACUGUGUGCUGCUGUCAAAGACUGAAGUGAAUCACAACACAUACGUGUUCAGAUUCCAGCCCCCCCGAGGGUCAGUGAGGCAGGUACCAGUGGGGCAGCACGUCUACCUCAAAGCAAACAUUCAAGAUUCAGAGGUGGUGAGGCCGUACACUCCGGUGGAUCAGAGUCUGUCGUCUAACACCUCAGUGCAGGAUUCAGACCUCUACCUCAUGAUUAAAGUUUACCCUGAAGGAGUUCUCACUCAACAUCUGAAGCAUCUGAACAUUGGUGAUCACAUAUCUGUUAGCAGUCCAGAGGGCACCUUUAGUCUCCGCCCCCUUCGUGAUGUCACACACCUGUACCUUAUAGCAGCAGGUACAGGGUUCACGCCGAUGGCUCGUCUGAUCCGAGCAGCUCUGCAGGAGUUUGACUCGAUCGGACAGACCAAGCUGCUCUUUUUUAACCGUGGAGAGGACGACAUCCUGUGGCGCCGUGAGCUGAGUGAACUGGCUGCUAACAAUGAAAGGUUCCAGGUGGAGUACGUCCUCUCUGAGCCUCCUGAGAGUUGGACGGGACGGACGGGUCGAGUGGACGAGUUGAUGUUGAAGGAUGUCGUCGUCAGACCAGAUGGCUCCAAAUGCUUCGUCUGUGUGUGCGGCCCCUCUGCCUUCACAGAGCUCACCAUCGGGUUGUUGAAGCAGCAGGGCUUCAGUGAAGAGGAGCUCCAUGCUUUCCAGGGCUGAAGACUCCUGGCUGAAUCAGAAACCUCCACGCUGCUGAGACUGAGUGUGCCUGAGUGAGAGUGGGCUGGUAUUUGUAUCCCCGUGUUUGUGACCAAUGAAAGAGUGUUGUAAUUCUAUGCACUGAGGGUCUGAUCGUACUGAAGAGCCGAGCUUUUAUCCUGAGCUGUGUGGGAAAACCACAUCUAUUACUGUUUCUGCUCCAUGUCUGCUGCUGCUGCGUCUAAGGGGAGAGUGAUUUUUAAACCAAGGCUCUGUUUUUUUAAGACUUCCUUAUCCUGCAGCAGAAACCGGCUGUAAUGUCUGCAACAGCCGUUUCUGCUUUCAUUGAAUACAACUUUUAGUGGCCAGUCAUUAUCAAGUAAAAUCUAACAGCCACUGCAGCUUUAGACAAAGCCAUGAGCAUCAGAGAUUCAGAUCUCUCAGAACCCAGAACUUUCUGUCUGCAGGCCUCAGUUUAAAAAUAGCAGAAUGCCCCUUUAAAGGGUUAAGAGAGCUGUAAAUGUGGUGAAGUUAUGUUUAUUCUGUAGUUUCUAUUGAAUGAAAAUGAAUGGUGAAAUGUAUGCAGUAUAUAUUACAUAUAGUAUAUAUUUCUGACACUUCUGGAUGUUUCUGCUGCUGUUUAAUAAAAAAGCAUCAUGUUGA